AUGUCUGGAAACUGCUGUUCUAGGAAAUGCCCCUCAGUGCCAGCCAUAUCCCUCUGCUCCACUGAGGUGAGCUGCAGUGGGCCAAUUUGCUUGCCCAGUUCCUGCCGGAGCCAGACGUGGCAAUUGGUGACUUGUCAAGAUAGCUGUGGAUCAUCCAGCUGUGGCUCACAGGGCUGUCAGCCUACCUGUUCUGUGAGCAGCUGUGUCCAGCCCGUGUGCUAUGAGGCCACCAUCUGUGAGCCCACCUGCCCCGUGAGCUGCUGUGUCCAGCCUGUGUGCUGCGAGGCCACCAUCUGUGAGCCCACCUGCCCCGUGAGCUGCUGUGCCCAGCCCGUGUGCUACGAGGCCACCAUCUGUGAGCCCACCUGCCCCGUGAGCAGCUGUGCCCAGCCCGUGUGCUGCGAGGCCACCAUCUGUGAGCCCACCUGCCCCGUGAGCAGCUGUGCCCAGCCCGUGUGCUGCGAGGCCACCAUCUGUGAGCCCACCUGUUCCGUGAGCAGCUUUGCCCAGCCCGUGUGCUGCGAGGCCACCAUCUCCCCUUCCUGCCAACCAGUCCUCUGUGUACCCACUUCCUGCCAGACCAUCCUCUGCAAACCCAGCUGCUGCCAGCCAGCUGUCUGCACUGUGCCUACUUCCUGCCAGCCAGUGAUCUGUGAGCCUGCUUGCUGUCAGCCCGUGUGCCCCAGGCCAAGCUGCUCUCCAUCUGUCUGCUCUGUGCCCAAUAGCUGCCAGUCUGUCUGCUGUGACUCCAGUCCUUGUGAGCCAUCCUGCUCGGAGCCCAGCAUCUGCCAGCCAACCACCGGCGUAUCUCUGGUCUGUGAGCCUGUCUGUGUCCGCCCGGUCUGCUGUGUCCCAAGCCCUUGCGAGCCACCUUGUGUUUCCAGCACUUGCCAGGAGCCCUCUUGCUGCGUCUCCAGCAUCUGCCAACCCAUCUGCUCUGAGCCCAGCCCCUGCUUGCCAAAAGUCUGUGUGCCCAGGCCAUGUCAGCCUACCUGCUACGUAGUUAAGCGCAGUCGGUCCAUCUGCUGUGAGCCCGUUUCCUGCCAGUCUGCAUCCUGUCGACCCCUCUGCAGCCGUCCGGGGUCUUCUGCAUCUGCCAUCUGCCAGCCAACUUGCUCUCGAACUUUCUACAUACCCAGCUCUUGCAAACAACCUUGCACGACUUCCAUUUCCUACCGCCCCAUCUGCCGCCCGAUCUGCUCUGGGCCCGUCACCUACAGGCAGCCAUGCUUGACAUCCAUCUCCUACCGCCCGGCCUGCUACCGCCCAUGUUACUCCUUUCUGCGCCGCCCGGCCUGUGUCACCUCUGUCUCUUACCGCCCGGUCUGCUCCCGCCUAUCUUGUGCCAAAUCCUGCACACGGGAUUGCAAAAAGUCCACUUCCAGUCAACCGGAUUGUGAGUCAACGCCCUGCAAGUCAGAGGUCUCAGAUGCCAGUCCCUGCCAACCCACUGAGGCCAAGCCCACCAGCCCAACCACCCCUGAGGCUGCAUCCAGCCAACCUGCGGCCGCCAAGCCUGCCAACUGCUGACCUGGCCUUGGUCCACAAAUUCCUGCCAUUGGUACCUCCAUGGAAAAUUUGACCUCCAUCCCGAAAGCUCAUUCUGACUUAGAAUCUCUUUCCUUUUGCACCAUCACUCGCCAUCUGCUUCAAAUAACUCAUCAGAAAUGUCAGUGUCCCCACGGUCCAAAUGAAAGCCUCCUGGGAGUGAGCCGGGGGACAUUCUGGGAUCCUGUCUGCUGCUGCCAUCGAGCUGAGAAAGGUUGCUUUGCCACAUCAUCUCAAAUCUCUUUCCUGGCAUAAUUUUUUUUCUGUCCUCAUGAAGAUGCUUCCUUGC